CAACAAUUUAAUGUGCACAUGUGCUUUCUGAUUGUAAACAAACAACAAGCGGCCGCAAGCAAUGGCACGGCGCCUUUACCAGCGUCCAGCAGCCUCUUUCUUCGUCUUCUAGUUCUGAAUCUCAUUAGUUUCUGACGUGCUCUCUAUGACUGCUCAUUCUUCCGCGCUCAAUAAAGCUCAAUAACAAAGGGCCCACGCCAGGAAUUUCCCAAAUUUUAAAUCCAUCUCAAUCGGCCUAAUACAUUGAUUGCUUCAAAAAGAGACAUGGGUGAACAGGCGAUUAAUAACCAAGCUGAUCCCAUUAAUUGGAAACGUACUGGUGACAUUGUUCAAGAUCAGCUCUACUUGUACGAGCAUGGCUACUUCUACGACUGCACUUUUGCAAUUGGUGCUGAAAAUAAGAUUUUUAAGUGCCACAAGGUGGUUCUUGCCAGAGCUAGCAAUGUUUUCGCUACCAUGCUGAACGAGUACUUCGAAGACAAGCAGGCAAAAAGCAGGGAUGACCCUAUUGCUGUUUUUACUGAUACUUCAGCCAAAGCUUUUGACUUUUCCAUGAGAUUCAUUCAUGGAAAUGAGGGGACCUUGGAGAGCAUUCAGGUUGCAAUCGAAGUCUACAGAUUUGCCCAUGCAUGUCGUUUGGAUUUGCUUCUCCAGGUCGCUGCUGACUUCAUGGCCAAGUGUGGACCUAAAGAUGCCAUCUCAGUCUACGAGUGCUUCAAAACAUACGAGGAUGACCGUCUGGACUAUGUCAUGUCGGUCAUUUCAAAGGAAACCAGUGCAGUAUUUUUAUCCGUAUCAUGGAGACAAGUCUCGGUUCAGAUGGUUAAAGAAAUCUUUAAAUUUGAAAAUUUGAGCGUACCAGAAGAAAGAAUUCUCUAUGCUCUUAUUGUAUGGCUACGUUUCCAAAAUAUUGAGAACCGAAAACAUUUCAGAAAUCUUUUAAAAUUAAUUCGCUUUAGAAAUUUUGAAAUAAGUGCCUUCUGUUCUCUAAUACAGAGAUCGAAAAAUAGUUUGUUCACUGAUAAAGAGAAGCUGCAAAUCUUGAUGAACCUGGGCAAUGGAAAUAAAUGUCCCAUGCCAGAUGGCUUCACCGAUGUGCUGAGAUUUAGAAACCUUUCUCCAGAUCAGAAGAUUUCUUUUUGCCAAUUUACAAGUGAUGAAGACUGUAUUGAACUGUUUGAAAAUUCUUCUUGUCUGUCAUUUGAAGUGGAUUUUGAUGGGCUUUACUUAACUGGCGUUCAACUACACUCACUGAGCCAUGCCAACAAAGGGCAGGUGAUGGAUUUGUCCUGCACAGUUACAAGCAGUGCAACAUCUUUGAAAACUCUCACCCAUGUGCAAUUCCAAGGAGAAAACAAAUUUGAAUCGAAAGAUACCCUCAGCUUUCCCGAGCAUGUGAUUCUCAAGAGGAAUGUUCGCUACACCCUGUACAUCAUGUACCAAAAUAAGGAGGCCUGCAAGUCAAGAAGGUACAGACACAGAAAACGCUUUCGCUUAGUGGUAAUGGGCCAUUCGUUGUUGUUCACACUUUCUGAAAAUUUCCAUGACGAUAUUUCUGCAUUGAUUGUGCGUGCGCGUAAGCCCAUCUCAUGAGAUGUGCAUGCAUAUGUGUCAGUGCCUCAAGGUGUAUGAUUUGAGUUUAGUUGUAAUAUUUUAAUAAAAUUCCAACAGGAAACACAAAUA